AUGUCUCCUACUUCUCCUAUUGCCCUUCUGCUGCUCCUUGAUGAGAGAGGCCUAGGCCCUUUUCCCUCUAAUCUAUACCUCAUUCUAGACGAUGAUGCCCUUACUGGAAGCAAGGUGCCUUUGAAGAAGACGGAAUUGUGGGCCUGGUACUUUCAAAAUGCCACCUACUGUGCAUAUGGCUGGCUGAGCGCGACGAUGAUAGUACCUUUACUUAUCCAAGAUAUUGCAGCUAGUGGGGGAGUCGAGGCAUCAGACCAUUCCAUCCCUUGCAACACCAAUUUAGAAGGCUACAAAUGUGUCAAAAGAGUCUUUGGAGAACACUAUCUUGAUCCGGGUACUAUAUCUCUCUACAUCUCAAGUCUCUCUGCCAUAGUGUCUUUCUUCGUGUCGCUGUCCAUUGCUGCUGUUGCAGGCCAUGGAGCUUACAAAAAAAAACUACUGUUCGUGUUUGCGCUCCUGGGCUGUAUCAUUUCGCUCACAUUUUUUCUCGUUCGACCGUCCACUUUCUGGCUGGCUGCAGUUCUAUCACCUUUGGGCUGGACCUGCUACAAUGUCACGUCUGUCUUUUCCAAUGCAUUUUUGCCCAUCUAUGUCCGCGUCCAUCCUUUGGUUCUCGAGGCGAAUGAAAAAGCAGAAAUCUCCAGAGCUCUACGUACCAUCGAAGAGAAGAGCGCAGUCGCAAACGCGACUGCCGAUACUACUGCCCAUUACAGCAGCAACGAUGUUAACACUACCGACAUCGAUGACCAUAGUGGGGGAAUCUCAAGUCCUCUUCCGAAAGACAAUGUCUCCAUCUUCUCAACCACAGAACAGCGAAAAGUGGAGGAGCAGGUUUCAAAUGACCUGUCAGCAUGGUGCAUGGGCGCCGCUAAUGUGGGCUCCGUUAUCAUCCAUGGGGUAUGCAUCGGUAUCUCGAGAGCCAUGGGCAACUCUUUGUUGGCUCUUCAGGUCGUCAUUGCGUUCACGGGCGUUUGGUGGCUGAUGUGGACACUUGCAGUCAUGCCCUGGCUAGAUGCACGGCCGGGACCACCUUUACCAAAAGGCCAGAACUGGAUAGUAUACUCUUGGUCUCAGAUCGUGCGAUCCGCGAAUCUUAAGACAUUCAAAUCCAUGCGCCAGCUUUCUCAAGUGACGAAAUUCAUUGUUGCAUGGUUUAUCCUUUCGGACGGGGUCAAUACGGUGACAACACUUCUCUAUGUAAUCACGUAUCAGGAUCUUCAUUUCUCACAUACAAAAUCGGUUGCUAUGACUAUUGUCGUAUCGACGAUGGCCUUUUUCGGUGGCUAUGGCUUCUUAUUUAUUCGCCAGAUCUGGAAAUUAUCCACAAAGUUUAUGCUCAUGUUAACCAUUGGGCUUUACGCGAUAUUAACCAGUUAUUUUGUUAUUCCAACUUAUUUUACAACCACAUUUGGACUAAGGCACGAAUGGGAAGUCUGGAUUACUAUCGUUUAUUUGGGAUUGAUUAUCAGUACUUUCUUUUGUGCAUCACGUGUGAUGAUGGCGGAAUUGUGCCCAGAGGGGGACGAGAGCGAAUGGUUCAGUCUUUUCCAAUUAGCAGAUAAAGGUUCCUCCUGGAUCGGGCCGUUUGUCACAGGUGCUAUUGAAUCUGCUACAGGCGAGUUCCGUACUGGAUUUUGGUUCCCACUAGCGCUCUUCGCCGUGGGCGCUGCACUCCUCCUGAGUUUAGAUGUGGACAAAGGCAAGGAUGAGGCAAUAUCCUAUAAGCAGCAGCAUGCUAGUCAUCAAUUGUUUUCAGACACCGCAAUACCACAUCAGAAUAACGUCGUAGAACUUACAUCUGUAUAG